AUGGCUGACGAAUACAACGCCGAGGAGGCCGCCGAGCUCAAGAAGAGAAGAGCCUUCCGCAAGUUCUCUUACCGAGGAAUCGACCUUGACAACCUCCUCGACCUCUCCUCUGACCAGCUCCGAGAUGUCGUCCACGCCCGUGCCCGCAGAAGGAUCAACCGCGGUCUGAAGCGCCGCCCCAUGGGCCUCAUCAAGAAGCUCCGAAAGGCCAAGCAGGAGGCUAAGCCCAACGAGAAGCCCGACCUCGUCAAGACUCACCUCCGAGACAUGAUUGUCGUCCCCGAGAUGAUUGGAAGCGUCAUUGGUAUCUACUCCGGCAAGGAGUUCAACCAGGUUGAGAUCAAGCCUGAGAUGGUUGGCCACUACCUGGGUGAAUUCUCUAUCUCAUACAAGCCUGUCAAGCACGGUCGACCUGGUAUCGGUGCCACUCACUCUUCUCGUUUCAUUCCCCUCAAAUAA